CUUCAACAGGCAUACCAUACCAUACAACAUCUGCAGAGUGACAAACAUCAGUUCUAUGUCACACCCUCAUCCUCUGCCAACCAACGUCUGGACUACUUCAUUAAGAUGUGAAUAAUUCACUAAACUGUUCCGACUCAACCUGUCUGGACUCAUCAACAUAAUCCCAUUCCAUCUCCGGGCGCAGCUUCACUUCAUCCAACAUGUAUUGCCAGAAAUGCCGUGCCCCUCUCAAGCUAGACAGCUCUCUGGAGGACCUGAAUCCUGCAGCAUUUGACCUCCUCGUUGGUAUUUAUGCCUAUCUAUACUCCUCUGUCAUAUACAGCGCGGUCUAACAAACACAGGCGCAUCAUCACAACAACAACCCAAGAACAUACCUCCUUCGCGACCAGGCUACCCCCAAGAACGGAAACAGCUCUACGAUCGCGUAUCCAGAAACUCUUCCUCUCCCACCCUCAGACGCAAUAUUUCUGGCGCAAGACGAAGCGAUGCCUCAUCUCUAGAACCAAGGACUGGGCUUGCUAACCCUGCCAUGUCCUUUGUGAUGCUCACCGAAUCUCAAGUCGUACCAGCAUCCAUAGUAAAAAGCCCGGAAGACACAAAUCCCAAACGGCGAGGACUCGAGGACAUAGUCAAUAUGGAUGGCACAGAUGGUGAAGGAAAGGCUAUGUCGCAAGAGAUGGAGAGAGUCUCGAGGUUGUUUGAGAUCCUCUCAGCCAGAUCCGAUAUAGACCAUCCAGUCUGUGUGGAAUGUGCAGAUCUUCUUGUGGAAGGCCUACAGCAACGACUGAAUGCCGCGACAAAAGAACGAGAUGCAUAUAGUGGAUUCUUGAAACAAGUCAACGCAGAAAUACCCACGGAGGAUGAGGUUAAAGAAGCUCAAGAUCAACUUGCUCAAGCUAAAGCAGACGAAGCUACGGCCAUCGAAGAGUUAAAGAAACUAGAAAAGGAAAAGUCAGAAGUCGAUAAGGAAAUCGCCCAACUUGAGGAAGAAGCACGGGCGCUCGAUAACGAAGAAGAACAAUUCUGGCGAGAACGAAAUGCUUUCUCAAUAAAGCUCAACGACUUCCAAAAUGUUCGCGACAGCGUCAACCAACAAUACGAUCAUGACUCCCAACUGCUAGAGAAACUUCAACGAACAAAUGUCUACAAUGACACCUUCUGCAUCAGCCACGACGGAAACUUCGGAACCAUCAACGGCCUUCGUCUGGGUAGACUCUCAAACGUCGCCGUAGACUGGCAAGAAAUAAAUGCAGCAUGGGGCCAUACCCUCCUCCUCCUCGCCACCGUAGCAGAAAAACUAGGCUUCAAGUUCCACGGCUACGAACUCCAACCCAUGGGUUCCACCUCGCGAAUAAUCCGAUACGACUACCCCUCCCCCUCCGCCAGCCGAGCCGGUUCCCAACGAAGCAGCACCACCCGCGCACCCACCAGAAAAGUCCUCGAGCUCUACUCGUCAGGCGACAUGCCCCUGGGACUCACAUUCAUGCACCGCAAAUUCGACACCGCCAUGGUGGCUUUCCUAGCAUGCGUCAAGCAAGUUGGAGAGUUUGUCGAAGAGGAGUCCAUGAAGGGCGGCAACGAUCCAUUGCGAUUACCCUACAAAAUCGACGGAGAUAAGAUCUACAAGAAUGAUGUCGAUAAAAUGGAUAGUGUCAGUAUCAAACUCGGUAUCGCGCAGGAUGAUUCGUGGAGUCGAGCUUGCAAAUAUACACUUACGUGUUGUAAGUUUUUGCUGGCUCAUACUUCGAAUACUGCUCGGACUCCAAGGAAGAAAUAGGCGUAUUGGCUUUUGAUAGCGAGUCGUUGGUUAGGCGUGGAUAUGGGCAUUUGGUUUGGGUUUGUACAGUAACUGUACACAAUGGAAUAGACAGAAACGGAUGUUUCCGGGAGUAAAGGCUUUGUAAUGAGAUUUUCAUAGUGUGUACGCAGACUCUUAGAUACCACAUAAUUUACGAUGCAGUUAUUGAAUAUCACAA